AUGGAAUCACAUGUCAUUUAUAAACAGACUAAACAACCGGAAUCAAAUUUAUCCAAAAAUAACGACGAAUCCUCCAAUCAUUUUGUUCCGAAUAAUUAUUCAAUAAAUUCGACUGGUCCAUAUCCUUCAUUUGACCAAAAUUCGUCUUUAGAUAAAUCAAAACAGCAACAGGAGGAAGGUCCUUUAUUUAAUAAGCUUGCACCAGUGCAGCAAGACGAGAUGUCACCAUACCUAGAGAUCGAGCAACAGCAAGCUUUAGCAAGGAAAUGUUAUCAGGCCCAAACUUCGACAUAUUCAUCAUAUCCGAACACACCAUAUGCCACUGUACAAGCUCCACCAUCGAAUAUACAAACAAAAGCUUCACCCUGCUUUUCGGUUCAAAAUACUACAGGAAUAGCAGGUUCGCGUAUUGGCCUGUCAAAUAGAAGAAUGCCAUCAUUUUCUCAUACCAUGCAGCAAUUCUCAUCGCCGCCGACUUCAAAUCCAUUGUCACUAUCAUCAUCAUCAUCUCCUUAUAUGCUAACUGGUAUACCGUUGAAUUAUGGCCCCAACCAGGAACGAACAAACUAUCCUCAGGUAGGUGAGCAUCUCGGUGCAUUCAGGAAUCCAUGGGGUUCGAUGCCUAUACCGGAGACUUCAAUUACAUCUUCUCCACAGCAGGUCGGAAAUUACAGUUAUAAUCUACCAGCCGAUCACUAUGGUAAUCGGAGUUCGUUUUCAUCCGCUCUCUCCACUACGUUUGAAGAUAUGGAGUUGAACGGUCGUACAAACCAAAAGUAUAUGCCAACAACUACUCAGCCGCCUGUACUAGGAGUGUCAAAACAAAUUCAAGCUGCACAUAUACCCAAGCAGCAGAUAUCUCGCAAGCAAGCUCCUCCUGCAUCAUUGUCAUCUAACCUUCGUGGAGCUCCGAGAAGAAGAUCAAUUGCUGCUGGAUGCUUUGCUACCGAUUAUUCAGGUAGUGCAUUAUCGCAUCCGUUGAAUACAUACAGCACAUCAACCUCUCCGACCGAAGAUUUACCCUCACAGUUUUCAUACGUUAUGCCAUCGAUGAUACACAAACAAGGCUUGCCUCCAAACUUGCAUUCCCAACAUUCACAGAUCACCUGUAAGAGAAUAAUUCCUGCUCCAAGGUUUAGCAGGGUGAAGUCGUUGGGUGACUUACGUCCCAAAAUAAACGUGAAACCAAAAUAUAGAAGAGCCACAUCCAGAAAUACGUAUGUUUCUCCUUUAAAUGCAUUAACUACAUCCAUAUCUGCCUCUUAUAUGAUGUGUGUUCCUGAGUUCAGCUAUAGAAAGUCACAGAACCCACGAAGAGUGCUAACUAAGCCUAGCGAACCGCGAGGAAAUCAGGGAUUUGACAAUGACUCUCAGGAUUAUAUUUUGUAUGUCAAUGAUAUUUUGGGAACACAGGAGAACAAGAAGUAUUUGGUAAUUGAUAUAUUGGGUUACGGCACUUUUGGACAGGUGGUAAAAUGUCAGAAUUUGGAUACCCAUGAAAUAGUGGCUGUUAAGGUGGUUAAAUCAAUACCAAUGUAUUUUAACAAACUGUUUGCGGAGGCUUCAAUUCUUGAAUACCUGAAUCAAAGGGUUGACCCUAAAGAUGAACAUCACAUAAUGCGUUUGAAGGACAAGUUUGUUCAUAAAGGUCACAUCUGUCUAGUUUUGGAACUACUUUCCUUGAACUUAUAUCAACUAUUAAAGCAGAACCAGUUUAAUGGCCUCAGCAUAAACCUAAUCAAGGAGUUUACAGUGCAAUUACUGGAUGCGCUUUGUACAUUUAAAGAGGCCGAGCUAAUACAUGGCGAUCUAAAACCGGAGAAUAUAUUACUUGUCAGUUCAGACCAUGCGGAGAUUAAGGUCAUUGAUUUUGGAUCGGCAUGUCAUCAAAAGCAGGUCUCGAACCCAUAUAUACAAUCAAGGUUUUAUCGUUCCCCAGAAGUAAUUCUUGGACUCGCAUAUGGACCUCCAAUUGAUAUGUGGUCUGUAGGAUGCAUUCUGUCCGAACUAUUCCUGGGAUUUCCAUUGUUACCAGGUGCAUCUUCAUAUGAUCAACUAUUUAGAAUAAUCAGGAUGUUUGGAAUGCCACCGAAGUGGAUGCUUGAAAUGGGUCAGCAUUCUCACAACUUCUUCAAUAAGCAAUUUCUUCCAGGUAGCGGGGAAACACAUUAUUCUUUUAAGACAAUAAAUGAAUUCUCAAAGGAAAAUCACAAAGCUAUUCCAAAGCUGCAGGGGGAACAUUUUAAGGACCAAUAUUUGUAUGAUAUUAUUAUGAACUAUAAGAUGCCUAAGAAAUAUAUGAAUCAACAAAUGAUUGAUAAAGAAAUAUACAAUAGAAAAUGUUUUACACAUUUUCUUAAGGGUGUAUUGGACAUUGAUCCCCUAAAGAGAUGGACACCACAGGAAGCUGCCUUACAUCCAUUUGUGACAGAUAAGCCGUUUAAUGGAAAUUGGAGUCCACCAUCAAGGAGAUAA